ACGAGCCAAGAGCCAGCUGGAAAAGGAGGAUUCUGGCAAAGUCCACCGUCUGUUACGUUUCUAAGGAAACCGUGCAACUAGUUUCUCUCAGCAGACGCUGAACUUACCGGAAGCUUUCUGCUACAGUGAAGCCCAAAAACAGUAUCUAGUGGGUGCAAUCCAACCAAUGGAGGAUCACAUCACCUCAUCAAGCCUUACAGGUCCUGGGAACGGUUCGGUUACUAUGGCAACAGACUCAGCGAGAACUAUCCCAGACCUGAGGGAUCUGUGUGGCAGAGUGAAGUUCCUGGAGCAGAAAGCUGGUUCAGUCACACAGUUUGACAGCUACAUGUGGAACAGUUUGUUGUGUGAUGGUAGGGUCAGACAGCUAGAGAAGUCAGAGAGGAGCCUGCUACAACAGCUCAAUCAGCUAACCCCCAGCAUGCAUCACUCCCAGAGGCUGGAUCAGAGACUCCACAUACUCAGGGAGGAGGUCAGGAACAUGACUCAGGAGAAGGAGCGAGACGAGCAGGUUUGGAGGGAGCGACUCCAGCGCGUUCAGAAGCAGCUGAAAGCUAAAGAGGAGGAGAUGAGUCGCCAGUCUCAGUACUUUGAAAACUUCAAAAUACAACUCCAGCAGAAACUCAGCCUGGCCCAGGACAGGGAGCAGAGCUUUCAGAAAAGGAUCUACAUGUUAGAAAAGCAGCUACUAGACAUGACUGUGAGUGCAGCCACCGGCAUCGCGAGGAUCGGUGCAGUCAGGGUUACUGCUGGGACAAUAACAUGCUGGGAACAGCAGGAGAGGCUAACUUUCGUAAGAGGAGAAGGUGAAGGAGAAGAGGAGAAGAGGGAGGAGAAGAGAAAACAAUGGCAGCCAAGUGUGGGAAUUAAAAGAGAAGGAAGGCGAGAGGGUGAUGAGGGAAAGACAGAGUUGGAAGUAGAAGAAGGAAGAAGCAAAGACACAAGACAGAGCCCAAAUGAGGCCAGGCUGCAAGGCUUCAUCCUGAGCCUUCAGGAGGAUCUUAGAGUGCUGCUGGAGAGAGAGGAGGAUGGGAUGACGGAGCGAAGGAAACUGAUGGAGCACCUUCAGGAGGCUGAGGAGAACGGUCACUUCCUGGGCUGCAAGGUAGAGCAGAUGGAGGCAGAGGUGCAGCAGCUCAAGUUGUCAGAACGCUCUCUGGUGGAGGAAGUUAAAGGUCUAAGGGACGAGAACAACAGGCUCAAGUCAAUUUUUGAAGAAGCCGCCAGUCAAAGUCCCCAUCAGUCGUCCACGUGUCUUUGCACCAGCUCGGCCAGAUGCAGCACUGCUGUUUGUCCUGUACCACCCAGCACUCUGUCGCGUGCCACAGCCAUGACACGGCCCUCAGUGUGGAGCCUGGGUCAGGUCCAGCCAAGUUCUGAUGAGGAAGAAAAACAGUCAUGUUCAUCUACUGUUUCACUUUCUCACCACCAAACUAGAGCUCAGAGCAACACAGAUGGUAACUCCUCAUCUGCCAAAUUAGACACUCUAAAUCAGUUGGUCAACCAAGGCUCCAAACCCAACACAUGCCACCAGUCACUCACCUUGACUUCAGAGACAGUGAGCGAGGUCAAAAUGGGAACCUGGUUCUCCAGAGGAGUCCUAAACCUGGAGGAAAGUCCCAGUGAAGAAUCUGAUGCUUUAAGGGAAGCAUACAGGAACCUAGGCUUUCAGGACGAACUCGAGCCCCCUCAAGAGCUAAGUCUGGAUGAUGCUCUGCAUCACACACAGCAGGAACACACCGAACUUAGAAAUGAGGCAAAAGAAGAAACAGACGCAGAGCAAAAGUGUCCGGGAGAGAAGGAUGAUCUUGUCCAGGCCCUGAAUCAGGAGAACCGGGCCUUGGCAGACAAGAUCCAGCAGCUGCUGACUCACAUUGAGCUCAGAGAGCAGGAGGUGAAGAAGGAGGAAUCACAGAUGAGGAAGCACAUUUCCAGUUUAGAAGAAGACCGAGCCAGACUGAAACAGGACAACGAGGAACAAGGGGGUCUGAUCACAGAGCUCACCAGAAAAACUGAGGAUGACCUGAAUACCAUCAUGGAUAUGCAGCAAAAGUUAAAAGAAAUUAGAGAGCAGCACCAAGAAGAAUGUGUGGACAGUUUAGUGGAAAGUGUGUUGAGAGGGGAAGAGGCACCACUGAUAUCCAGUCAACAAAUAGAUGAGUUGAAACGAGAUUCAGCACUUGAACCCCAGCACAGUAAGCACAGUGGUUCACCGGAGAACAACCAACCGACCAACACUCUGCAUCUGAGCUCAAUUACUGAUCACGAGGACCAGUUGAUGAUCCAGACCCUCAAAACAGAACAAAAAGAGCUGCUGAGCAACUUAAAUUCCCUCAGAGAGCAGCAUCGAGACGUAGCUCAGGCUGUCCACGCACAGACGGAAGAGAAACAGCAGUUAACUCGCACAGUUUGGAGUCUGAAAGAGGAGAAAGACAAAGUCUCUCAAGCUCUGACUGGUCUGAAACAAGAGAAAGAGGAGCUGAACAGAACAGUUGUUAGUCUAAAGGAUCAGCUGGUUAAGUCCACGAAGGGCCUGAAAGAGGAGAAGGAGCAGCUGACUGCGAUUUUAUCUGGACUUCAACGACAAAAACAGGAACUGAUGGAAUCUCUGUCAAGUGGAAGAGAAGAGCAAAGUCAAAUCAAGCUAUCGGUCCAAAGUUUACAGAGGGAGAGCAACCAGUUAAUGCAGGAAGUGCUCAACCAGAAACGGGAGAGAGACGACCUGAUCAAUUGCCUUAAGUUUCUAAAAGAACAGAGAGAUCAGGAGGAGUUGUUUCUUAUUUCACAAGACGAUCACAACCAGUUGAUCAAAUCCGUUAACAGCCUGAGGGAAGAACAACAGCAAACGGCCCAAUCAAUCAGCUGUUUAAAACAGGAGGAGAAGCAAAUCAGUCUGGAAAUCCUGCAUCUAAGAGAGGAAAGAAGCCGCCUCCAACCUCCUCUGCCUCCCCAAACACAAACAGAGAGCAAGCCUGAGCAGCAGCUGUCUCAUCCAGUCUGUGUCGAUAACACAACGAGGACAGAGGCUCUUCACACAGAAUACGCUACACAGAGUCAGACCGAUACCUUGAAAGGAACCUCUACACAGGAGCAAAGUGACUGUGAUCUGAUGUUGGAAAUUAACGUUUUGGGGGAACAACUGCAGAGGUCGCAAGAGGAACUGGAAAAGACUCGAGCAGAGACCAAGGCCUUGCUCGGGGAACUGAGUCAGUCAGAAGUUAAGAGGGAGGAGGCUGAGAGGAGGACAAGCCAAGCAGAUGAGAAGGCGACGCGACUCACAGUUGCUGUCAGUCAGAUGGAAGAAACCAGGAUGGAAAACCAGAAGCUCAGCACCCAGGUUAGGGAGCUGCAGGGCAAACUGACGGAUGUGGUCAGGGAGAAGACGGCUACUCUGUCGCUGAAGCAGCAUGUGGAGGAGAAAUACAGCGUCCUCACGGCUCAGCUCAAGGCCAAGACGGUGGCCUUAGAGGAGCUCAACAACAACUAUGUGGAGCUUAAACGAUGGAAGAGCAGCAACGAUGACCUGAGCACCGUUGUCACAUCGCUCCAGACGCGCUACAACGACAUCAGAGCUAAGUAUGACGCGCUCCUCAGAAGACAGAGCCAUACAGAUCUGGAUGUGGCUCCUUUGAAGGCCAAGCUGUUGUCUCUGGUGGCGAAGUGUCACGAGCGAAACGGCCUGCUGGUUCAGAUGACGAAGGCCAUGCGCCGGCGCGGCUGCGGGGACCCCGCGCUCGCGCAGCAGGUGGAGCGGCUGCUCCGCGACGCCGCUCUGCAGGACUACACUGCAGCGUUCGCAGCAGGAAGCGGCGCGGAGACCUGCGACCGCAGUUCAGGGAGAGUCCUCUGGGCCUUUCUGGACUACGCCGGUGGGUCAGCACCUGAUCUGAAAUGCCUUCAGGCCUGCAGCGGUGACAUCACCAGAGGCCCGGUGUCACCAACACCUGCCGCUUCACUGGAGGAGAGUCUAAGUGCGAAGUCUCCUGCCCCUGCCAGUGAACCAGCUCACCUCACCAGAGGCCCAGAGGAACCUGGAUUCCAGAAUUCAGAUGUCAAAGGGAGGUCCACGCCGUAUCCGACCGACUGGAGCAGAUCUGCCCCUGCGCCCUCGAGCAGCUGUGUCGGCGUCAGCAGGAGGCUGAGUAGCCCUGAGAAGAUCAUAAACCUGCACGAGCAGCUGCAGAAAACUCUGAUGAGCAGCUAUGAGGCUCCAGUGAGCAGAGGAAGAGGACACCAACCCAGGAAAAGCCUUUCAUUGUCAGCUCCUAUAAACCAGAGACCACAGAAUGUCGGUCUUAUUGUCAACAGGCCACAGACCAACUCUCCCGCCGUCACCACUGCCUCAGUACAAGAAAGGACUAAACCUAAUGGCACCACUAGCUCAACGGCUCUGUUUAAAGCAGUCUCCUCCAGAUCUGCUCAUCUUACUCUCAACCCCAACCUGUUUACGAACCCUCCUUUUAAAGCAGACGAGUCUAAAACUACAUUGUCGGCUCAUUCUGGCUCGACCAAGUCCAUCGCAAGCAGUGGCAGCGAUUCAUCAGGACCCCCGACACCAAAGGAAGUCACUGAUAUUGCUGAGGUUUCUGACACAACACAUUCCGCCUCUCCUUUAACUCAGAGGGCCACUAGCUUUGACUCCAAUAUCUUACUAUGUUCUGAAACUAAUCCAAAAGCCACUGCCUCGGACACGACUGCCUCCAAAAUGGAUGGUGCUGCAUAUGAUGGCUUUAUAUCUGCCGCGUCCCUCACUCAUUCCCAUCAUUGCUCUCCCGAGAGCUCCAACAAAUCUGCUGCUCCAGAAAAGACCUCAAGACCCAAACCAGAAGCUCCAGCAGACGUUUGUUCUGUCGAGGUCAUCCAAACAGUGGGGCAGAGCAGCCUCCUGAUUGGCUGGGAGAGACCUCCCCUUGACGAGCUGGGCUGCAGUAACGGCACGUUUGUGUAUGGAUACAGGGUUUUUGUUGAUGGGGACUUUCACAAAUCUGUCAUGAGCUCAGCCUGCACUAAGUGUAUUUUAGAGAACGUGGACCUAAGCGUCCCAGUCCACAUCGGUGUCCAAACGCUGGGAUCCAAUGGAAUCGCCUCCAACACUGUCCACACCACAUACAUGGGAGAGCAGCGCUGACUCAGACCGACUUAGAGAAAGACGCAAACGUGCUGCAGGUGCCCUGAGGGACCGUCCUAGCCUCCGCCUCAGCUAAUACACUGUCACUCUUCUGGAAUCACCCCACUGCGUGAAGCUCAGGUCAACCACUCAAAAACUCGUGGCGCCACUAGAACCUCAAACGGAUCAACAGAGGAUCAACAGACACACGAUUCUGGCCUCUAUGCUGCUGCAAUAAAAAGCAAGUGACGGUUAGCUGCAUCCUUGUUGGAAGAACUCGUUGCAAGUCCCGCCCACUGGAAUCACCUGUUGAAUGGAACCGAUGUGACUUCAAAAGGCCAGACUGGCUGCCAAUCAAAGUCAAAACUGCUGAAAGCGUCGUUAAAGCCGGGCUCAGUCACAAUCUGCCUGCGCCACUGACCUUGAUGGCGUCUGCUGCACACUUUACACUGUGUUAAACCCUCAGAGAUCCCGCGUCAUCGUGCUCCACCCAAGGUCCCUGCUGCUGCCUCUCUGGACUGAACGCUCCGCUUAACGUGCUGAUGCAACUUCAUCCUACUUGAUUUUUACACAUGAAGCCAAAUAUGAGAAAAGAUUCACCCCAAAGACUUCUCUGUUGCUCGUCCUCGCGGAUCCGUGGGAUUACAGUACUUUGACCGCAGGAGCCAGACGUCGUUUCACUUACAGUAUGAAAUUUGCACAGCUCUGAAAAACAAACACUGAUAUUUUUUUGUAGAGAGUAUUAUAUAAAAUGCCAAUAGUGUAUAAAAUACUGCCCCAUAUGAUGUCUUGUUUGUGUUCACACCUAAUCAAUGCCAUGUUUGCACGGUUGCAAUGCUCUUGUUUUACACAAGUUCACGUCACACACUGUUGUUUUGCUACUAAGUGUUCGUACGGGUUUGGAGUAAUCAUGGUGCAGCAAAGGUAUUUUUCUAUCAGUGAUUUUGAUUUGUCAUUGAUUGCUUAUGACUGUACAGAGAAUAAAUGUUUAUAUAAUGUUAACUGUCA